AUGUUCAGCCUUGAGGCAGAGCCUUGUCCCCCUCAUCUCAAUCUUCACAACCAAGAUCUUUCGCGAGACGAAUUCGCAGCCAUGCCAGGACCUGCGAAUAAAAAGCAGAAAAGGGAACAGUACAAGAAUGCGCGACAAGGCGGUAGUACAACUGAAUUGCCUAAGAAGAAGUUUUACAGACAGAGAGCGCAUGCGAAUGUUUUCUCUGAUCAUGAUUUAGUCUAUCCAAUAAGCCCUGCAUAUAUGGACUGGGCGACUUAUUACCCAGCCUACGCGGAACCCGAAGUCGCUGAUUCAAUUGAGUCAACGACGAGUCAAACGCAAGACAUUUCCUUGAAAGCAGUUGAAACACAGGAUGGCUCUGAUGGCAACGGGGCAACUUCUUCAGAAGCCAUACCCAUGAAGGCGAAGGACAUGAGAAAAUUAAAACAGGACGUAGAAGUUGCAGAUAUUGGGUGCGGGUUUGGUGGUCUUCUUGUAGCUCUGGCACCUAAACUUCCCAAUACGUUAAUGCUAGGGAUGGAAAUACGAACACAAGUCACCGAGUACGUGCAUGAACGAAUCAAUGCUCUUCGGUUGCAGAAUUCCAAAGAAGGAUUAUAUCAAAAUGCCGCUUGUCUGAGAGCAAACAGCAUGAAAUUUCUUCCUAAUUUCUUCAAAAAAGAUCAGCUUUCCAAAAUCUUCCUCUGUUUCCCAGAUCCUCAUUUUAAAGCGCGGAAACACAAGGCGCGAAUUGUAUCUACGACUCUAAAUUCGGAAUACGCGUAUGCCGUCCGACCUGGAGGUAUCGUAUACACCAUAACGGAUGUGGAGGACCUCCAUUUAUGGAUGGUGGAACACUUUGAGAAACAUCCCUCUUUUGCAAGGGUUAGCGAAGAGGAACAGGAGGCCGAUGAAUGCGUGGAAGUCAUGAGGAUGGAGACUGAGGAGGGACAAAAGGUAACCCGAAACAACGGGCAAAAGUUCGUAGCACUAUUUCGCCGUUUAGAAGAUCCACCUUGGUAA